GAAAAACAUUACAAUGUCAAAAUAAAGUUAUUGUCAGUUUUAAUUAAUUACUAAAUUCUUAACUAAUUGCAGUCUAAACUUGUAAUUAGUGAAAUAAAUAUGUAGUGUUACGUGCCAUAAAUAUCAACAACAACAAAAAAAGAAGUAAAAAUAGUGUAAACAAAAGCAUAACCUAUAAAAUGUUAUCAAAAUGAGAUUUUUAAAAGUUAUACUGUCUAUAGCAAUAAUCUGUUCUGCCUAUGUUGGUGAUUAUGUUGUGUUUCGGUCUAAAUAUUCUAGUUCUCACACUUUCCGCUCCUUAGCUGACUGCAGUGUUCAUGCGACGUUAGGAUUUCUCUCUUCUGCAAUAUUUUUUAGUCAUGAACACAGUUUGAAUAUCGAAAUAUGUGUCCUAAAUGUAUUAAUUUGUACAUUUGUGUCUUUAUUCAUCGAUAUAGACCACGCUUUUGUUGCUAGAUCGAUUUAUUUAAAGGACAUGACGAAUUUGAAACAACGAGGAAUAUUCCACUGCACAACAUUUUGGCUACUAAUAACAAUACUUCUUUUACUCUACAGUUAUUUUCAAAAGAAAAUAAAUAUAUAUCUCCUAUCAUUCAUGCUUAUUCUUGCAUAUUCAAGCCACCAUUUAAGAGAUGGCAAUCGGAGAGGUCUCUGGCUCUACCCAUUUGGUAGCUCACCACCCAUAGACAAACAUUUAUAUAUAUUUUUGUUAACAGUGCUGCCACAUGCCUUUGCUUAUUUGUAUCAUACUUUCAAAGGAGGUUUUGUUAAAAAUUUUGUUGUUUAUAGUAUUGUUUAAUUUUUAUAACAGUAGUUUCUAUGGGUGAUAAAUUAGUAAUAUUUUUAUAAUUGAAUGUUGUUAACAUUUUUAUGUAUAAAAGAGAUUGAAUUUGAGAUUUUUCUGUGAUAUGGGAAUGUGUGAAUAUAAGUGCCUAUAGACAUUUAUCUUUCCGCUGUGAGCUAGUGUGAUGUUCACUUAAACCUUUGCUAGAUCAAUUUAAAAAAUAUAUUCCUCUAAAAAGCGAAAUCUUUAGCAUUUUUUUCUGUUGUUACAUUGAAAAAUAGUCCUUUUAACUGAAGUUAUUGUGUGUCUGAAUGUAAUAAACGUUCAACUUGGAUUAUUUGUCUUGUAAGGCAGCUACAAGAUCUUAUUUGAAAAUGAAAUUAAGUCCACAAAUAAAAUGAGAUUAAAAUAAAGUGAUGGGUGAGACUGGUAGGUUUGAGUUUUCCGACUUUAGAUAUACAAUAUGGCGACUCAAAAGUGAUAACAUAUUGGCCUAUUUAUCUUUAAAAAUAUAUAAUGUA